ACCAUUUUUGUCUGACAUAUCAAUGUACAUUACAAAAUAGUAUAUUGUAGCAGUGAUUGCAUUUACAUAAAGAAACUAAUUAACAAAUCGGCUAAUUAUCUAAAUAACGAACAACCUCGAUAUCUAUUCUCUUAACUAUAUUUGUGUCCAUUAACUGAUCAACUAUAAUUGCCGUCUUUUUUGUGCGCUACAUAAUGAGACUUUACAGUAGUGCGACGUCGCCAUCUAGUGGCCCGGUCAAAAACAGCAGUAAGUGUGCCCUGGGUGCAUGUGACAAGUCAAAUCGUCACACAUCCGCAUGUCGCUGUAUUCAAGCACUGUAGUAACACUCUUGUAAACAGAAAGGCUGUCUGAUACUCUAAUGAAUGGAUUUCUGAAUAUAAUUGUGGUAACUACACUUAUAUAUUUAUACACACUAAAGUCGAAUACUGUGGUCUGUGUAAACGUGUGCGCGUGUGGUCUGUUAUUUUUCCGGGUUGUGUUCGUCGGUUUUGUGGCUGUUACCAGCUGACACUGGGAGGAGGUGACUCUCUCUCUCUCUCCCCCCCCCUCGCUCUUUCUGCCUGUCUCUCUUCCUCCCGCCCGCCCUCACUCUCUGUGUGUGUCCAUCUGCCUUUCAGAGAGGCUGCUACUAACUAGCGCAUCAUCAUCAUCACUGACACCAUCAUCACUAUCACCGUCAUCAUCGUCAUCAACAUCAUCAUCAUGGCGGAUCAAGGCGAAUCUCCGACUCCCGUUCACCAGCCGCUGCCGCCGCAGCAGCUGCAGCCAGUGCUGACAACCAGCUGGCCAAUAACCAGGGAGUCGUACGAGCUGCAGGAAGUCAUAGGCAGCGGGGCCACAGCGGUGGUGCAGGCGGCGCUCUGUACCCCCAGACAGGAGCGUGUCGCCAUAAAGAGAAUCAACCUGGAAAAAUGCCAGACCAGCAUGGAUGAGCUACUGAAAGAAAUUCAAGCCAUGAGCCAGUGCAACCAUCCAAACAUUGUCACCUACUACACCUCCUUUGUUGUGAAGGAUGAACUUUGGUUAGUCAUGAAGCUCCUGAGUGGAGGCUCAAUGCUGGAUAUAAUAAAGCACACAAGCAAAGACGAGGACAAAAACCGAGCUCUAGACGAGCCUAUUAUUGCUACCAUAUUAAAAGAAGUGCUGGAGGGACUGGACUACCUACACAGAAAUGGACAGAUUCACAGGGAUGUGAAAGCUGGAAAUAUAUUACUGGGAGAAGACGGAUCUGUCCAGAUCGCAGAUUUUGGCGUAAGUUCAUUCUUGGCAACAGGAGGCGACAUGACGAGACACAAAGUACGAAAGACUUUUGUUGGCACACCAUGUUGGAUGGCACCGGAGGUGAUGGAACAAGUGCGAGGCUACGACUUCAAAGCGGAUAUAUGGAGUUUUGGAAUUACAGCGAUAGAAUUGGCCGCAGGCUCCGCCCCCUAUCAUCGCUACCCUCCGAUGAAGGUUUUAAUGCUGACCCUACAGAAUGACCCCCCCACACUAGAGACGGGUGUGGAGGACAAGGAGGUGCUCAAGAAAUACGGCAAAUCAUUCAGAAAGCUAAUAACCACGUGCCUUCAGAAGGAUCCUGCCAAAAGGCCCACAGCUGCAGAGCUUUUGAAGUGUAAAUUCUUCCAGAAGGCUAAGAACAAAGAAUUUCUUGUGGAAAAGCUCUUGUGUCGUGCACCAAAGAUUUCUCAAAGAGCCAAGAAGGUUCGGAGAGUUCCAGGCUCCAGUGGCCAUCUGCACAAAACAGAGGACGGAGACUGGGAGUGGAGCGACGAUGAGCUGGACGAGGGCAGUGAGGAGGGAAAGGCAGCGGUGAAUCAGGGCAGGUCACGAAGAGUGAAAGAAGAAGAAAAAGAUAAUGAGGACGAGGAGAAUGAUGUUUCAAUUGAAGGAUUAUCUAUUCAGCAUCCCCAGGUGGAACCGUACGAGGAUACACCGUACAUUCAAGGUGCUCUCAACAUGGUUCUAAGACUAAGGAACUCACGGAAGGAGUUGAAUGACAUCCGCUUUGAAUUCACCCCUGGUCGAGACACCGCUGAAGGAGUUUCCCAGGAACUUUUCUCAGCUGGUCUGGUCAACGGCCUGGACGUUGUUAUUGUUGCUGCCAACCUUCAGAAGAUCGUAGACGACCCCACUACGUACAAAGUACUGACCUUCAAGCUGGCGUCCAGCUGCGAUGACACCGAGACCCUGGACGAGGUGAAGCUGAUCGGCUUUGCACAGCUAAGUGUUAGCUGAUGCCGCCUCUGAGACGUUUUCUUGGCAGACAGACGGAGGAAGGCACCAACUCAAUCAGCAGCGACUCGACAAACACCCUGGAAAACUCACCUCUUUCUUCUGCCUCACUCUUUUUCGUCACUCUGCUGCCAAAUUAAGCUCUACCAAAACUCCCUGCCUUCACCUCCUGCACUGACCUCCCUGCUCCCUGACCUUUUUGAUCUUUAACCUUGACACGACAUUCCACUGCACAGCGCACAAGAGCAGGAUUAGGAUACAGCCCAGGAACCUACAAGAUGUACUCAGGUGGUGAAAAUAAAUCAUUAGGGGUGUAGCUUUAAAAUUUUUUUUUUUCUCUCGUCCUAAGAUUUGACUUUGUUAAUAUUUACUCCAAAAUAAUCUCUGUUUAUUACAAUCAGAAAAAAAAAUUCUAAUGUUGUUCGUUGCCACGAUGACGUAUGAGAAUGUACCAUAUAGUUCAUCUAAAAGAAGCACAUUUUCACGUUAACGUAAAGAUUGUUUCAAACAAAAAAGGCGGUUUUACCGUUUCCGUAAGACGGCGUAAAACACGAGACCUGAAUGGUACUGUGUACGUUUGCUGCUUUUCACAGUGUUAAUGCUUCGUAAUGAUAGAGGUGCCUUGUUCAUUUUCCUGUGCCUGAGGGUGUAGUCAGUGAAUGACACCACACAGAGAAUCAAACCUGCUGAUCUCCACUUCACAAAUGUAUUACCUUCUCUGGCAGUGGUGUAGUUCACGUGGAGUAUCUCAACAAGACAAAGAUUUAAUGCACUUUUGGGCUCAGUAUGUGCCCCCUGCCUCCACCGCCGCCCCCUAGAGACUGAUGCUUGCUGUCGUUACCACACACAAAAACAUGCUAGAAAAGUUGUAAUCUGUUCUGCUGAAUGUCUUUUCAGCUUCCAGGCCAUUGGACAAACUUAGCCGCGUGACAAGCCAUUUGUUUGUCAAGACAAGUCCUGUAGCUCCAGAGUAAAUCAAGUAUUAUGGUAGUAAAUUAUAACUUAUGUACUAAAUUUCUUGUUUUAUAAAGUAAUUUAUUGUGUUUCCUUUGUACAGUAUGUAUACAUUUCAACAUAUUACCCUUUGUCCCCUCUCUGUAAACAGCUAAUGUCAGAUUAUUGACAAGCAGCUAUAAAUAAAAUAUUGCUAUUAUUUAAAUCAAAGUAUG